CUGGAUGUGCAGCAGAGUGUUUCCGGGUUGAGCUGAUUAUUGUUCCUUGUUCUGAAGUGCAGCUCGGGGAAUCUCGAUUCAAGCGGGUAAUUCGGCCGAUUCUGUGAGGAAGCCGCUCAUGUUCCGCGCGGACCCGCGAGCGCGCGGUCCGCCGCCGUUCGGGCACCCGCCGCCCCCCGCCCCUCCCUUCAGGCCGGCGGGACCCGGAGCCCCGUUCACCAACAGCCCGUUCUGCCACAGCAGGCCGCCGGGAGCCCACUGCAUCAGCCCCCACUGUAGCAACUUCUCCAUAGACUGUAGUACAGUCAUUGCUGUGGGUGGCAGCCAGCAGAUUGCACCCCCUGCAGAAAGGCUGCAUCCUCCGGUACCUCAGUGGAAUCCCAAUCCUUUGGAGAAAAAUUGCCCAGACAGCAGUGACCAAGCUGGGGAGGAAUUCCUGCGAUGCAUCGCUGCUAACAAGCCCCUACCAGACUACCUGAAAGGGAACAUGGCUUACAAUCUGGCAGAAGCAUUUAAAUCUGCCAAUGUCCUUAAAGAAGCCGUUAGAUCAGACCCACAGUUCCAGAAGCAUGUGUCAAGGAGCAAAAGCCGGAGCAGAAGUAAGGCCAGAUCUAGAGCUAAAAGCUGUGGGCGCAGCCAAAACUGGAGGCGCAGCCAUAGCCGGGGACGCAGCCGAAGCCGGAGGCGCAGCCGAAGCCGGGGAAGAAGUAAAAGUCGAGUACGCAGCAAGAAUUGUGCUAGAAGCAAAAGUAGGGGUAGCAGUUGGAGUCGAACCAGGAGUCGAAGCAAAAGCCGAAGCAGAAAGAAGCACCUGAGAAGCAAGAGCCAGGUUGGCAGGUCAAGGUCAAGAAGUAGUGAAGUGAACCGUGGCAAAUACCAGAGGAGGAGCAGCCCGACCUGCACCGCAGACGGCUUGACAAGGACCAGCCUGUUGGAAGAACUGAAGCUCGCCAUGAGCAGCAACCAGCUGGUGGACUGUUUGCCCUCUCUCAAAGCAGCCCUUCUCAGUAUCCAGAGCCCACCUGAAGAUAAGCCGGCAGAGUGUUUGUCUGGGCCCACCCAGAUUCAGCAAAGGGAAAGUUGUCGGGACAACUCUACGUCUCCUGAAAACGAGAGCAUGCUGCUUCCCCACGAAAGAGUUGGGGGUGAUUUCUCCUGGCUCCAAGAGAAGAGCCAAGAGGACAUUUCAGUGCAAAGAGCCAACGAGCUUGAGGAAGAGGAGUCCUUCUUGUAUGGGAUGGAGGUUUCUCCUCCGAAGCUAAGCAAACCACACAGUUCUGCUGUCCAUCAGUCCCCGCUCGGCAGCUUUCCUCUCCAGUCCAAACAAUCCCUUCAGACUCUUUCUUCCUUCUCUUGUCUGGAUAGCGAGCAGUGUGAGAAGAUCAAGAGCAUCCUGAGCAGCCUGGGCGUUUCCUCACACUCAGAAAACGUCCCAGUGAAGACGAAGAGGGGCAGUGAGCCCCCCGUGGUCGCUGUCAGCUCGGACACGGCUAUGGCAACGCUAAACAACCCAAAUGUUUGUAAAGCUCUGGAGUCUCUGCAGUCUCUGAUCCAAGCCUCAAAGGACAAACGGACCAGAGGAGGAUCCUCACAGACAGCUGAUCGACAGCAGAAAAUUGACAGCGAAGAAAGAAGGAAGGAAAAACUAUCAAAGAUUAUCCAGAUUGAGACUUUUGCAGCUGAGUUGGAGGAAUUAUUAAGACAAGAUGGUCAGGAUUAUCUAUGUCCAGUUGUGGGCUUUUACUGUAAGACGUGUCAGGAGUUCAUUGGAGAUCUGAGCUCUGCAGAAGGCCAUGCAGAUGUGCACGGAGCCUCCAGCAGCAAGAAAGAACAGCUGGACCGGGGGGCCAAAGGCGUUGGGGAGCGCCACCAUCAGAACAGCAGCCACGCCCCCUCACAGAAAAGGGGUAACGGUGACUCCAUCAAAGACGUCCAUCAGAGCUGGACCAAUCAGAGACACUCCCAUCACGACAGGGGGGGACAGCUGGGCCAGAACGCCUUCCUCCUGAGGGAGGAGAUGAAGAAGGAGAGGAUGCUCAUCACCGUCUCUGGUGGACCGACGUCUGGCCCCCCACCCGUCAGGGUGAAGGCUGAGCCGAGGGAGCAGGCUGUGACGGGCGCCAGCACGGAGGGAGGGGGGUCGACCAGCAGCAGUCACGACAAAAGCAGGAAAGAAAAGGAGGGCAGCAAGGAUGAGGGCUCCCCGAAAAACAAAACCCCCCGGAAAAAGAAAAAAAAGAAAGAGAAGAAAAAGAAAAAAGAGAAGCGGGGGGACAAGUCUUGACUGUCUUUAUUGUGUGUGUGUGUGUGUGUGGGGGGGGGUCAAAUAUCAGUUUCCCAUUUUUACACAUUUUUCCCACAGGAGUAGAGUCACCAUGAAGAGAUCCCAACUUCUAAUAAAAUCUGA